AGGAUAAGAAACUAAUAUAUUUCUUAAGAUUUUUCUCAGUGUGGCUAACUAGCUGGCAGACUGAACGCACUUAAAGCGAUUUUCAAGCCAAACAAAUUGCGCCGCGGUGUGCGAUGGUCAAUCAGGGAUCGUGGCAUUUAAGCGACGCUUCUAAUCCCCUCCAACUCUGAUCCCCCUUUUUUACGGGGGCCCAUGCAAAUCGAUGACGUCAGGUGGGGGCAUUGUGUAAACCCUAUUUGCGGGAAUGCUGCAAUUUGUGGCCAAGCACAACGUCAUCGGUUGACCACAUCCCUGCAAAACUGCUGUUCCGCUUGGCCGCUUUCCACUGAAGCGCAUAAUUUCGCGGAAAUGCUUGUGGCGGAGACAUUUCUCCCCCCAAAAACCGUUGGCUAUAUAAAUACCCGACGAGUGCGACACUUCACGCUUAGUAUGCGAGAAUCGGGGGAUCGCCAUCGCAGGGUUCCAGUCACCACCAGCCAGCCAUGAAGAAGCGACGCAUAACCACCAGCUCAGCUGGGGACAUGGAUGAAUGUGGAUUUGGACCCGAAGAGGCCAAGACCCCAACUCGUUUCGGCUUCCGCAUUGCGUUGCGAAGAGAGGCACGCGUUUGCCACGCGGCGCGGCGCCUCAAAGAUUUGCUGCCCCUGGUGGUGCUAAUUGCUGGACUCGGAGUGAUCGGCGCAUGCGCAGCGGUUGGCUAUUCCUAUGCGAGAUUCGAGGGUCCGGUGGCGGGGCCGGAGCACCUGGUCACCGUCCACGACGGACGCACCGUCGACUAUGUGGCCCGGCCCGAAUACAGCUUCGCCUAUGGCGUCGAGGAUGGCAAGUCGCGUGUGCUUCAGAAUCGCAAGGAGACGCGGACAGGCGACGAGGUGCGCGGCGUCUACAGCGUAGUCGAUCCGGAUGGCACCUUGCGUGUGGUUAAAUACACGGCCGACGAUGCCAACGGCUUUCAGGCGGAGGUGAUUACGAAUGGUGUGAAAACUCUGCACGGCCAUGGAGCCGAGGCCGAUGCUGGUGGCGGUACAGUGGACAACCAGGUGAGACACGACAGCUCCGAGGCCCACAAAGCGGAGGAUGAGGAGGGGGAGGAACAGGAGGAGGAGGGGGAGGCCCCUCACGCAACUCCUCACGAGGGAAAUGGGCAGUACAAGGUGCACGAGGACUACGAUGAGGGCGGUGGCGGUGGCGAGGAAAAGGAAAAGGAUGCAGAGGGGGAAGGGGAGGAGGAGGGAGACCACCAGGAGUACGAGGGCAGCAGCGAGGAAGGAUACGUGGAGGCCAAUGCUCACAGUCAGCAGGAGGAGGCCAGCAGCGAGGAUUACUAAAUGGUCAUCUCGCACUAUUAUGAAUCAAUUAACUAUAUUUCUUAUAUUGUGAUAAAACCAAAA